GCCAGUGUUGCGGUAUCCGUGAACUUGGCCCGUAGCGUUUACCCUGGCCUGAGCGAGGCCGAGGAGGCGGCGCUCGCGGCCUAUAAUAGCGGGCCCGGCGUCUCCCCUCGCCUCCAGACCUGACUCAAGCUCCACAAGCGAUGAUCCGCGUGUGUAUCCUCGUGCUUGCAGCCGUCACCGCCGCCCGCGCCUGCAAACCAUGCACAUGCGGUGUGGCUCGCGGAGGUCGCGUUGUCGGCGGAGAAACGGUAUUCCCUGGGGAGUUUCCCUGGCUGGCAGCACUACGGCGGGAUGGAAAGAUCAUCUGUGGAGCUACAGUUGUCGCUAAGGAUCAUCUUAUUACUGCCACGCAUUGCGUUUAUGGUAUUGAAGCCAGCCGCCUGACAGUCCUAGUAGGUGAAUACGACAUGAACAACACGCGCUCUGAAGGUUUCGAAGUGCUCCACGUAAUUCAGCACCCCGACUUCAACCGCUAUACUUAUGACAAUGACAUCGCUGUAUUGCGCCUAACUAGACCUCUACCCAAUAACUUGUACAGGCCUGCUUGUUUACCCGACGUAGGCGAUGAAGAUUUAUUAGUAGGUCAAAAUGCGAUAGUUUCCGGCUGGGGAAGCACAGUAGAAAAAGGACCGUCGUCCAAUGUUCCUAUGAAAGCGGAAGUACAAAUCUGGGCGCAAGAAGAAUGUUCGGGAGCAGGCUAUGGUCGCAGAAAAGUAACACCACGUAUGAUAUGUGCAAAUUCACCAGAUAGAGACGCUUGCACUGGAGAUUCAGGAGGACCUCUCUUAUUGCAACAACCACAUUUUACUCUUAUAGGCAUCGUCUCAUGGGGCCGUGGUUGUGCCAGACAAGGAUACCCUGGAGUUUACGCCCGGGUCGGACAGUUUCUGCCGUGGCUUCGAGUCGCCCUACGACACGCUUGCGUUUGUCGUCCUCCUUCACUUUAUUAAUACAUAAAAUAAAUUUAGUUCUAAAGAAUAAGAAUUAACGGAUAAUGACUUACCUACGUUUAGUAAGUACGGUCAGUGUCUAAAUGUUCAGCGCCUAAGGUGUCGUAGGAUUCCAAAUCAACUCUGUACAACAACAUAAAGGUGUAUCACAGGCAUUGACUUACAAAUAAAUGGACGACGGGUCUAAUACAAAAACCACGAAAAAAAUGUCCCAAGUCAACC